AUGGUUGAAGAAUUCGUGGAUGAACAAACUCUCACCUCAACUGAUGGCGUGCCAUCAUGGUGGAAACUGGACCUGAUGUCUGCUCAAUGUGUCGGAAAGGUGUCAGUCAAGAGCAUCGAUAAUCAUCAGCUACAUAUAAGACAAUUGUUUGAGGACGCUGUUGUUCGAGCUGGUAUGAGCAGUGUGCCUACUGGGAACGCAAUGUGUGGAAGUCCAGUCUCCACAUACCAAGCCGUAGCCAAUAACUGGAUGGAGUUUGACUGCAAUCCACCUGAUGGACUGACUGCUCGAUACAUCAGCGUCGAUAAUCCAGGACAACGGUUCAUUAUCCUGUGUGAAGUCUUAGUGUUUCCAUGCAGGCCUAACCUUCCAGCAGUGGACUUUGCUUUCGUUGCUAAUCCUGCGCUCAUAAACUUGACUGGUGGCGACGAUGUCGUCCUGACAGCAUACAAAGGUCCCGAUGACAUACCUGCUGGUGUCACAUUUGGCCGUCAGUUGGCAACAGGUGGAACGGAUGGACUUCCGCCUGGAUCAACCGAAGAAGACGAGCCGUCUUUGGGGUGUCAAGGGAGAUCUCUACGGUUACCUGCGGCGGAUGGGAUUAACAGAGUUGGUGUCUUCUAUUUUGAAGGAAGUAGAGGAAGCAUCCACACCAGGAUUCAGAUCGUUAUGCUGCCGAAAGAAAAUUAUGUACAAAUACGUCCAGUUCUGCGAACGCAGAUAGCAAAUGUCGGAGACGCAGUUCGACUGGAGAUGCAAAAUGUGAAUGCCCCAAACACCAACUACAGAUGGCGGUAUAAUGGUGGUGACAUUAUCACAUCUUGGAAUGACCAGCUCAGUGUGUCUAUUGGCGAUGUUGCUGUGAGUGAUGGAGGAGUCUACAGCUGCUUCGUAUCUGACCAGGAGAUUCGACAACUGCAUGGCAUCAUGAGACUCAUUGUGCGAGGUUGUUCUGAUGGAAGGUGGGGGCCACCAUCCUGCCUGAACCUUUGUCGUCGGUGCUACAAUGGAGGCAUAUGUGAUGACAACACAGGAAUCUGUGUCUGUGCUCCGGGUUUCAGUGGAGAAAACUGCGAACAAGUUCAUGGCCGUAAUGUUUUUGGCCAAACAGCCCGUCAUCGUUGCUCCAAUGGGCCUACCACCGAUCCACACGAUGAUGCUUGCCGGGGUCGUUUGUUUUGUCUUCCUGAUCCUUACGGAUGCUCGUGUGCUACAGGAUUUGAAGGACUAGAUUGCAUGCAAGACUGCUCAGAGGGGACGUAUGGAGCUGACUGUAGGCAGACGUGUCACUGUGCACAUGGAGACACAUGCAGUAAGGAUACAGGGGAAUGUAGCAGUGACGUUUGUGACUCUUCAUACUUCGGAAUCAACUGUCAGUGCACACGUCGUCCAGUGGAUGUGACACCGACCUCCAUCUCACAGCGCAGCCUCAAAUUUUCUUGGCGGAGUCCACUUUGUCCAAACUUUGGCACGAUCACCGGGUUCGUCUAUACACUGACCGACGUUAAAUCUGGACCUUUGCCGCCAGUUUUCAAUACAACAGAGAAAUCUGUUACCAUCGAUGGUUUGAUGCCUCACACGGUGUAUAGCUUUCAAGUUGCAGCCAUCACCGCAGAAGUAGGAAGUGGAACGUACAGUGAACCUUUAAUUGUAACCACAAUGGAGGCAGAGCCAUCAGCGCCCUCACAUGUCAACAUUCAGAACAGUGAUGACGUUUCAAUCACCAUCACGUGGUCACCACCCAACUCACCGAAUGGUAUCAUCACCAACUAUGACAUUGCUUACUGGAAGUCGGUUGACGCCGGGAUACAAACUCUGAGAAAUAACGUUGGUGUGUCGCCGCUCGUGUAUCUCGUCGAUGGUCUGGAAAUGUCCACUAUGUACCAAUUACAAGUUCGGGCCAAGACUUCUGCAGGUGCAGGUCCAUGGAGCGACACAGUCACUGCAUCCACGCAAAAUGGUAUUUCUCCUAUUGUUAUUGAUGAUAAAGGUACAACCUAUGUACAGAACAAUGUACCGAAAGUAGCAGCUAUCGUUCUCGGGGUCCUGUUAGCUAUUGCUAUUGCUGUCAUCUUCAUCGGCUGUGUGGUAUGGAGGAAACGAGACCGAGGCCGCAACAGUGCUCCGACUACACCGAGGCUGAACGUCACUGAAAAACUCGAGCUUCCUGUUGUGAUAAAUCCUAGCAUGCAUGGCAUUGAGUCUCCGAUCUCAGACGAUAUUGAAAGGGACAUCUACGAAGACGUUGGUUUACCAGCCUGGGCUAAGGGACUGGAAAUCCAAUGGCAGAAUCUCACGAUUGAGGAUAAGGUUCUUGGCAAGGGAAACUUUGGGGAAGUGAGAGCAGGCCGUAUAGAAAUCAAAGGAGAAGUGUACAAAGUAGCCAUCAAAACUCUCAAAGGUGCGACAACGACUGCUUCCGAGGACUUCCUGGUCGAGUUCAAGACAAUGGUUGGAAUCAAGCCACACCCGAACGUAGUUGGUCUAAUGGGCGCGUGUAUGUACGAAGCCAUUUUGUACGUUGCUCUUGAAUAUCUCCCCAACGGCAACCUGCGUGACUACCUGAGGAGUACUCGCCCCCAGCAGCAGGUGGCAAUGAAGUUGGAUGAUGGUGUAUCACCGUUGACUUCCUUCAACUUACUGACAUUUGCAGUAGAUGUAGCCAGAGGAAUGGAUCACCUCUCUGACACUGGUAUAAUUCACCGUGACUUGGCUGCAAGGAACAUACUUCUCGGAGAAGACUUGACUGCCAAGAUUUCUGAUUUUGGCCUAUCACGGGGAGAGGACAUCUACGUUCAGAAAUCGCAGACACGUGUUCCUUCUCGCUGGUUGGCAAUCGAGUCUUUGACCCGCCGGGUGUACAAGUCUAAGAGUGAUGUAUGGUCAUUCGGGAUUGUACUGUGGGAGAUAGCUACAUUUGGUGCGACGCCCUAUCCAGGAAUUCAGAGCUUGUCGUUGGCCAAACGAUUGCAGGAAGGUUACCGAAUGCCCAAGCCGGAAAACUGUGCCGAUGAAAUCUACGAUCUGAUGAUGAAAUGUUGGCAGCUAGUACCAAGCCAUCGCCCAAGCUUCAAAGAAAUCACGAUGACGCUCCAGAAAAUGAAUGAACCAUCAGAUGAGAACAUCUACAUGGCAACUCAUUUCUACGUGAAUCACGUGAUCAAGCCCGAGUUUGACGAUAACUAGGAAGACGGUACAAGACUGAAGGCGAAGCAUCUUAAAGGAAAAAAAUUCCUCACGAGAUAUCUUGGAGAUGCGACUCAAAUAUCAUUGACUGAUUAUUCUGAUUUU